AUGUCCGCUCCAGCCGCAUAUUACAAUCCGCUCGCCGGCCAACAGGCUGCUGCUGCUUCGCGCAGCAAAGGUGUUCGUUGGGAUGAGCCUAAAGUGUUGGAGCAGCAGAAGGAGUCGGCUGCGAGGCAUAUGACUUCUUCAGCUCGUCCUCGGUACAGUCGGCUCGCAACACCAGAAGAUUGGAAGCGUCCUCCUGUCGCGGCCUAUCCUUACAUGAAUCGUUACCGUUUGAUCAAAAAGAUGGGAGAGGGAGCCUUCAGUGUUGUGUACAAAGCUGUAGACACAAAGACUAAAUUGAUCGUUGGCCUAAAGCUCGUUACGAAAUCUCAACUCAAUGAAGCCCAGCGCACCAAUAUCCUCAGGGAAGCGUCCCUGCUUCGCCGAAUCGAUCACCCGAACGUAAUCCAACUUGUCGACUUCCAUGAGACUCCGAUUCAUUACGCAUUAUCCCUCGAACUGAUGGAAGGUGGCGAGAUUUUCCAUCAAUUGGUUGAUCAGGUCUGCUUUAGCGAGAACGUCUGUCGUCACAUCAUCUGGCAGGUCGCGGACGCACUGAGAUACUUGCACGAGGAGCUCGGAGUUGUGCACAGAGAUAUCAAGCUCGAAAAUCUCUUGUACGACCCCAUCCCUCCGGAGAAGCUUGCUCACCGAGCCCGAGGCAACAAGGAGGACGGUGAAGAGGAUGAUUACAUCCCUGGGGUUGGAGGAGCCGGCAUCGGGGUUGUCAAGAUUGCAGACUUUGGACUCUCGAAGGUCGUAUUCGAUGCCACUACCAAAACUCCAUGUGGUACCGUCGGUUAUACCGCACCCGAAAUCCUCAAAGACCAGCGCUACUCCAAGGGUGUGGACAUGUGGGCCCUCGGUUGCGUGCUGUACACCAUUCUUUCCGGCUUCCCUCCAUUCUUCGACGAUGACCCACGUGGGUUGACCGAAAAGGUCGCCAACGGACAAUUCGCUUUCCUCAGCCCGUGGUGGGAUGACAUCAGUCCCGAAUCCAAGGAUUUGAUUUGCCAUCUGCUGCAAGUCAACCCAAACAAGCGAUACACAAUCAAUCAAUUUUUGGCUCACCCUUGGAUGAGAGCUCAUGACCCACGUGCCGCUCCUGCCCCCGAAGUCGUCGUGGAAGAAGAGGAAGAACUAUCCCCCGGCGGACCAACCAUUGCUAGAUACGGUAACUGGCGCGAUCUGGAGCUUCCCGAUGCGCUGAAGACACCGUUGGACGAAUACUACACGGGAACCGAAGAGAUGGACGUCGCACAAGGCGGCCAAUCCGCUGAUGUUACGGGUCGGAAGGUAUCCCCACCCGUCACGGCUGCCAUCGGACAGGGCCCAGCUCCCGGAGCUCCCCCCGGAUUCGCUGCAUCAGGGGCAGAGACGCCCAACACAACUUAUCGUCGCCUCCGAACUCCUCACCCCGUCCCCGAAGGUAUCACCAAAGAGAUGCUUGCGGCGCCGUUCCAAGUAUAUCAGUCCAUCGCCGAGGGAGAGGUGCGCCCGGAACACAUCGGUAUGGUCCGUGGCGGAGUUGUGCCCAACCACCGCAAAGGAAGCCCGCUCCGCCACGAAGUCACUCGAGCAUCUGCCGCACCGGUCAAUCAGAAAGCGCCUGCGCAACGGCGACAGGGGCAAGGUUUCGAGCUGGACCUUGCGCACUCGCGGUUGUUCGCAAAGAGAAGACACGAGCCUGCUGGAUCUCGAUCUCCAGUGGACCACGCCAAGCCCUUACCUGUUCAAGGUUGA